AUGAUUAUGAAACAGAAGCUUCUGUGUCAGACUCUACCGCCCUUCAUAGCUCUGUUUCUUCAACGCCAUAAACCUCUUUACCGAGAUCAAACCUCUGCGACUCCAACUUCACCAUUGCUUGUCGCUGUCAAGACGCCUUCACCAACAUCUCUUUCUGUUUCUGCAAAUCAGAAAAUCCGAAACCUCCACAUCCCUUCACCGUGA